CUAACGGACUCUCAACAUUUGUAACGGUUCAAAGGAAUGCAUUGCAUUAACGGUGAACCUCACAAACGUUACCUUUCACGUCGUCUAUUCUCUCCGUUUCCCAAGCCCUAACGUACGUCGUCUCAUGGCUUCUUGUGACGACGAUUUCUCUCUCCUCGGUGACGAUAACGCUGCCGUCGCCGUCACUCCCACCACCACCACCACCGCAAACCCUACUUACCACCACCAACCUUUCUCCUCCGUCCGGUACAAGCCUGUGCAAAUCCAUCCCCCGCCGAUCUCCGCCGGUAGUCCCAAGAACAUUUCCGGCGAUGACGAGGACGGUGACGGAUACAGCGAUAAUAACGCGCAGUCGUAUCAUAUCGGAGUGAACCCCUACGAGAACGAUUCAAUUCCGUUUGAGAACGACACCAAUGUUAAUAGAUCGAGAGGUAAAUUAUCAAACGACAAACGAGCCGAUCGAGAAGAUAUCGGUGAUAACGGGACACCGUAUAGUUAUAAGAGAUCGAAAAUCAGCUCAUCCUCCGGUAGUGGCAGCGGAGAGUACCGGAAGGAUAGAGAAGAAUGGAGUGACACGGCGAUAGCGUGUUUAUUGGAGGCGUAUAUGGAGAAAUUUGUGCAACUGAAUAGAGGGAAUUUGAGAGGGAGAGAUUGGGAAGAAGUCGCGGCGAUGGUGAGUGAAAGAUGCGAGAAGCAAUCGAAGAGUGUAGAACAGUGUAAGAACAAAGUUGAUAAUUUGAAGAAGAGGUAUAAAUUGGAGAGGCAUCGGAUGAGUAAUGGCGGCUUAACGAUUAGUCAUUGGCCAUGGUUCAAGCAAAUGGAACAGAUUGUUGGGAAUUCGGUAUCAGUAAAAGCUACAUCUGAGGAAGACAAAGCCAUUGUUCCAGUGAACAACUCCAGCACUGGCAGGCAAUCGAAAAGAUAUGGAACAGCGGUGCCUAGUCCCAGCGGACAGAUUGUGAAGGCGAAAUCUUCUAUGAGUCCAAGGUGGAGAAGGGUAGUUCUUAAAAUUAGUGGUGCUGCACUUGCUGGAAUGACACCAAACACUAAUGAUGCAAACAACAUCGAUCCAAAGGUGGCCACGCUAGUUGCUACAGAAGUCUCAAUAGCUUGUCGUCUUGGUAUAGAGGUGGCAAUAGUUGUUGGCGGACGCAAUUUCUUUUGCGGAGACACAUGGGUAACUUCAACUGGACUGGAUAGAUGUACUGCCUAUCAAAUUGGAAUGAUGGCAACUCUGAUGAACUCCAUACUGCUGCAGUCGGCAUUAGAGAAGGUUGGUGUGCAAACUCGUGUGCAAAGUGCAUUUAACAUGCCCGAGCUUACUGAGCCAUACAGCAGGCAACGAGCUAUGCGGCAUCUUGAAAAAGGUAGAGUUGUGAUCUUUGGUGGUAUUGGAGCUGGUACAGGGAAUCCACUCUUCUCUACGGAUACAGUUGCAGCACUCAGAGCUUCUGAAAUUCAUGCUGAUGCCGUACUCAAGGCUACAAAUGUAGACGGUGUUUAUGUCUGUGACUCCCGAAAUAAUAAUGUUGUUGCUGAGCAUAUUUCCUUCAGGGAGCUGGUUUCCGGAGGAGAUUCCCCAUUGGACCUAAUGGCUGUUACAUUAUGCGAGGAGAAUGCAAUUCCUGUUGUUAUUUUCAAUCUUCAUGGGCCUGGAAAUAUAUCAAGAGCGUUAUGUGGAGAGCAGGUGGGUACACUGAUCGAUCAGACAGGACGUGUUAGCUAGCGUUCUCUUGAGAUGUGUGGCAUUUACCUUCAUCUUUAAAGAUAAAAGAGAUUUAGGGAGAGCAGCAUUGAGGCUUCAAUGACCAUGGAGUUUUCUGAGUUGAAUGAUGAUCUCCCCAUGACUUUAUACUCAGACGAUAAUUCGAUCCAACUUCAAACAGAUUAUUACAGAGAUAAAGAUACCAUCUAGUUCAUGGAACUGAUGAACUGUAUGUUGUAGUUUAGUUUUUUUUUUUACUGGACUAGUGUUAUAGUUUGGAUUAUAAACAUGUGUAGUGAGAUAAGUUAAUGUUCUUGGAAAGCAGGAAAACCUUUUUUCUUUUUUUUUUGCUGUCUUAGAACUUAGAAGGGACUUAGUUUGUAUUGUCUUAAAUAUACACAGAUUUUGGGAUCUUUGAAGAUAUGCAAGUCAAAAUACUUUCUA